CAUACGGUGUUAUUUAACAACUGUGCCGGCUAUCGAAUUCAGCAAUGUUUUCAAUUCUAACUCGAGGUUUACGUUCCACACUUCCAAGACAAUCAAGCUGUACGAAUGCGGCCCUUUUUCACUGUUCAACCGUUCACAAUGCCGAAGAUGUGGCUAGUCUGCAAAAGGCUAAGAUUAGUAAAGCAAUGAAAGCCUACUUGGAGCGGGCUAAAGAACAUGAAAGCUGUAUGGAAACGGCCCGAAUAGAGUACAAGCUUGGCAAACGGCAUUUAGCCAACAUGAUGGGAGCGGAUGUGGAAAACUUCACCCAGAAAGAUAUCAACCAGGCAGUGCAAUAUCUAUUCCCUUCCGGUCUGUAUGAUCCAGCUGCACGACCCACGAUGAAGCCUCCAGAAGAAUUUAUUCCCAAAACCAAGGGUGCUGAAUUCGAUGAAACGGGUCGACCUUUUCACACUUUGUUCUAUACGGGACGUCCAAAUUUCUUUCAGCUUCUCUUUGACAUUGUUGAAAAUAUUAACAAACUGAACGCUUUGGAAGAUGCAACACGGCUCAAGGGUAAAGCUUUGGAUUCUGCGGGAAGCAUACUAGACACGACGGGCUCGGAAUGGUUGCCUAAAGAAUUGUUGGAAAAGAAAAUUGUUGAGACCAUAUCGGACAUUGAGUAUGACAACUUUGUCAGUGCAAUGAACCGUCUUGUGAGUCAUCCAUUGUCUGACCGGGUAAAAGGGUUUGUAUAUGAGUAUAGAAAACCCUUAAUUUCCAAGCUAGAAAACGAUACAGUUCCCACGCCGCAACACGAUGCUGAUGGGCGACAGUAUGUGACGAUAUACGAGUGUCUACGUAAAACUGCCCGUGGAGAUGUGACUGUGAAGUUUCCUGGAACCGGGAAAAUAGAGGUGAAUGGUCAAGAUUUGCGCAACGUAGGGAAUAUACAGCAACGCGAACAGGUUCUUUUCCCGCUGCUGUUUACCAACAUGAAUGGAAAAGUGGAUGUUUCGGCAAAUGUUUCUGGUGGGGGACCUUCAUCACAGGCAGGCGCUGUACGGUGGGGCAUCGCAAUGGCGUUACGCAGUUUUGUAGAUGCAGAACAAAUUGCUGGUAUGCGAGUUGCUGGUCUGUUGACUCGCGACUAUCGUCGGCGAGAACGUAAGAAGCCGGGACAAGCAGGUGCUCGCAGGAAAUACACGUGGAAGAAACGCUAAAG